UUAGCGCUUGGGAAGGAUGACGGCAUGGUGCAGCUGCCUGGGGGGAAGUUUCAGAUGGGCUCCAGCUCCCUGGAGCAGUGGAACGAAGAGGCGCCCGUCAGGGAGGUGACAGUGAAGCCGUUUGCCAUCGACAGAUAUCCCGUCACCAACGGAGAUUUCAGGGAGUUUGUUAGAGCAAAGAAAUACAAAACAGAAGCAGAAGAGUUUGGCUGGAGCUUUGUCUUUGAGGAUUUCGUAUCCGAAGAGCUGAAAAAAAAAGUCACCCAAAAACUGGAGUCUGCCCCGUGGUGGCUGCCCAUCGAGAAGGCUUUUUGGCGGCAGCCCUCGGGUCCGGGCUCCAGCAUCAAGGCCAGGCUGGAUUACCCGGUGCUGCACGUCAGCUGGAACGACGCGCGGGCGUUCUGCACCUGGAAAGGGAAGAGGCUCCCGGCA